AUUAUAGAGGACGUGGUCGCGAGCAGCAGUUGCCGAACCGGUUUACUACGCGAACUUCUGAGCAUAGAUGCGGCUACAAAUCUUGGACGCGGAAGCAGGAGGAGAACAACAUCAUGCUAGAAGGCAUGUAUCGGGGAGAGCACAUCACCUGCAGUGCAGCGGACUACGUACAGGAGAG